AUGACAUCUGCAUCCAUUCCGACAAUGGGUACCACCAGCAAAAUUAUUGUUGGCUUAUGCGUUCUCCUCCUAUCAGCAGUGACAGUAGAAGCAGCAACAAGCGUAACUAGUGAUAGCAAUGUCAUCCAUGAGGACGACGCCGCCUUGCUAAGAGAGAUUGUGCCCCCAGGCGUUUCCUUGGAAGAUGCGGAACAAGUGGUGCGAGACGCUCUUGCCAGCCUUGUGGAGAGCCUCUACUUGGAUAUCCAUGACGAUGACGAACAGCGGCACCUUUUGCAACAAUUAUCAUACCCACCCACCACCAACGUGAUCCCGCCAUGCAACACACUUCUGGAUACCAUCUCGGCACAAGAUUUGAAAACGGAAAUCAGCAAUACGUUCCAGAAACAAGGUAUCUUUGGAUGGAAGUUGGUGGCUUUGGAGAUUGUCGUCAUGUCCAAGAUGAAUCAUGACUUGCAGAUUUGGAAAGUCUGUGGGCGAUGUUCGGACUUUGUUUCCGACAAUAGUACCCUUGAUAUGCCGUUGUUUUGUCGACCUGAUCAGUACGGAUAUGAAGCCUUGCACUCAGGACUCUUGAUUGUACCUUAUGACAUGGAUCAAGAGGCGUUGACCCAAUCCACUCGUCCCGUCAACAUCAUUGCUCCAGCAGCCGGAUCUACUGCCAGUGAGGCAUGGAGUCGCCCCGUCAAUGACGCUCAAGUGUUGAUUGGAUGUUUUGUCAGUUCUGCCAACAAUGCCUACACGCUCAUGACAGAUUACAUGGGCUUUGGUGAAUCCGCCAUGUACUAUCGAGCGUUUCUGCAGCAGCAAAGCAUUAUUAUCGCCACGUUGCCUAUACUGUGGCAAGCCGAAACCAUCAUUGCUGAAAUAUCAGAUUGUACAGCUGCCAUGGCCAAUGCGUAUACAUUGUUUGGAUACUCGGAAGGGGGGUAUGGCGCUGUUGCCAUUGCCGAUGCACUACAAAAGUUGGGAGGCACUAUCAUUUCUUUGCAUGCCGGUGGAGGACCCUACCAAGUUUCCACUUUUACCAUGUUGGAUAGCACCCAGAAGCUUUUGAACGGGCAGAUCGACCUUGCCUUCUUUUUUGUACUGCUGGGAAGUGGGUUGAGUUCAACCGUCACCAGUGUAGCGAACUACCAGCAAGGACAAGACUUUCUGACUUCUCACUAUCGAGAAUCACUCAUCCAUGCAGUGCAGACCACUCGAAUCAACCGACAACCUAUCCUGGACCAAAUUCCCCAACAUGAUCCAACCGCACCGUUCAAUCCACACAUGAUUGCACUCUAUGAAGAAGCAUUGGCAAUGGGCAAUGCUGAUCCCUGCAACAAUGCUACCAGUGGAAACGUCGUCGUGAAUGAAACGGACAAGAUAUGCCAGGCGUUGCAGGAUUUGGAUCUCUUGCCGGUGUUGACAUCAGCCAACUAUCCCAUUUACCUAUGCCAUUCUCGUGACGACCAGCUAGUGACGUACCGCAAUGUGCCACCUGUAGACGCCAACCCCGAUUAUUUGCAUGUCAGAACCGUUUCAGGGAGACAUGCCCCAGCUGCUAUUCCUUGCAUUCUGAACACAUUGAUGUAUUUCGUCAAUCCUAACAAUCUCCAGAGGUACCGUGUGCAGGACAGGACAGUUUCAGGAGGUUGUGCGGCAGCAUCCCAAAGUGCAGCGUGUCCCUUCUUCCUCUUUGAUUGGUUUGGGUUGUGCUAA